AUGGGGGUGAGCCAGGAUCCGACCAUCUAUUACGACCUGCCCGUGUCGCUGGACGAAGUCUACAACGGCUGCAUCAAGAAAAUGAAGAUCACCAGGUCGGCGAUGGGGCCGGAUGGUCGCACGCCCAAGCUUGAGACCAAGACGUUCGAGAUCAAGGUUAAGCCCGGAUGGAAGGCAGGCACCAAGGUCAGGUUCCACGGCGAGGGCGACCGAGUCCCCAACGCCGCCCCGGCUGACGUGGUGUUCGUCAUCCGCGACAAGCCGCACCCGCACUUCAAGAGGGAGGGGACCGACGUCCGAUACGUCGCCAAGAUAACCUUCAAGGAAGCUGUUCGCGGCACGACGCUGGAAGUACCCACGCUCACUCACGGCACGAUAUCGGUGCCGCUGACCGACAUCGUCAAGCCCACCACCGUCAAGCGCAUCCCGGGACAGGGGCCUUCCCUACCCCGGCGACCGCUUGAGGCGGGGGCGACCUCCUUCUCGGUUUCGACAUCCAGUAUCCUUGUCGGAUGA